UGACUGAGAGCGAGCGAAAGACGUACGAGCACAUGCCCACCCCUCAUGUAAAAUGGUGGCUGCCGAUAUCAUGGUGCUGUAAUUUGGUAGGCAGGCUGAAAGCAGACGGUAAGGUGGAUGGUGAAAUGGCUGACUUGUUGCUGAAGGAAAUUCAAGCCCAUCGUCAGGCAUGUGGUGCAAUGAUGGAUUAUGAUUGGAUAAGUAUACCAUUAGUCUACACUCAGGUCGUCACUAUAGCGACGUAUACAUUCUUCUUAGCAAAGCUAUUUUCCUCACAGUUUCUGGAGUCGUCAACCGAGGUUGAUCUCUACUUUCCGAUUAUACUGGUGUUUGAAUUUCUGUUUUACUUUGGCUGGUUGAAGGUUGCGGAAGUCAUUAUAAACCCAUAUGGAGAUGACGAUGACGAUUUUGAAAUUAAUUAUAUACUUGACCGUACUUAUCAGAUUGGCCUGCUUAUCGUCGACGACUGCUACGACAUGGUGCCGGAACUGGAAAAAGACAAAUAUUGGGUUACUCCCGAUUUCUGCUUGCCCAACUGUAAAUCCACUACUGCCGAUAACCAGGGCAAGGCAUGGUUAGGUUCUACAGUUCCAGGGGGCUUAUUGUUAAGUGCAAAACACUUUAUUUUAGGACACACCUGGAAUGGAUUUGCAAAAAAUAUAAAUCACAAAUAUUCAGCCGCAAAAGUUGCACUUCAAAUGACCCCUGGUGUAGACCCCCAGACAGAAAUUAGCGCGUCGUCGGAUUACGAUCAAACAUGGGCAGCCAAGCGAGAGGCUGGUUUCAAUGGGAACGACGACGACAUUCCAAUGCAAGAACUACCAGACAAGUCCAUAGAUGACAAGCCACGAAAAUAUGAGCUAAGACUGAGUAAGAAGGGUCCAUCGAAUGAUACUGUCGAAGUGAAGAUGCCCUGUGGUGUGUGUCUGGGGAUCAAAGAAGGCACACUUAAAGAAGUUGAACAUUUGGAUCACCCAACCAAAUGAUUGAACACGGGAUUAUAGAACAUGGUUCUCUAAGAACCAAUCACAAUUGAUUUAGAUAAAAGCACAGUCAUUGGAGAAUGACUUAGAAUCCAAGUCAAUCUACGUGAUACAUUGUUAGCUAUAAUUUCAAUUUGAAUGUUUGUUACAUUAUAUAAUCUACAUAUAAUAUGAUUGCAUGAUUUUAA